AUGGACACUGCGAGGCUGUUGUUGGUCAACUUGCCGUACAUUGCUACAGAGGAUGAUAUUAAGAAGGCUUUCCAGAAGUUCGGGUCUAUUGAGGACGUGGUGGUGCUGCGGGAUGAGGAUUCGAAAAAGUCUCGCGGUAUGGCCUAUGUGACUUAUCUAUUCCCGGAGCAUGCCGUGCGAGCUAAGGCUGAGAUGCAUGGGAAAGUCUUCCAAGGCCGCGUACUGCGUAUCAAGGCAGCACAGGCUCGACCGAAGAAGCAUGUGGAACGAGACGAGAAACGCCUUAGUCGUAAGCAGGAACAACUGAAGAAGCGGAGGGAGAAUGCGGAACAACAUACGUGGAAUUUGCUCUUCGUGUCUGCCAAUUCGGCUGUCACCGCUGCAGCUAGCAAACUUGGUCUGAGCAAAGCUGAUGUGAUGGAUGUAGAGGCCGACGACUUGGCAGUACGUGCAGCUGUUGGCGAGACUGAGGUCGUGAGGGAAGUGAAACAGUGGCUGAAAGAGGAGGGUGUAAGAGUGGACGCUUUCGAGAGGAAAGGUACUGAUUGA